AAAAAAGACUUGCAAUUGUUACACAUUUUUGUUUCCGGUGAGAUGAAAAUUUUAUAUGACCACGCGUGAUCCUCACUCUCGUAAUUGCCCCAAACAAAUUUUUUUUUCGUAAUUACCCCUUACCCUUUCACUUCGCAACUUCGUCAGACAGGAAGAAAAAGUGAUAUCUUUCUCUCAAGAACAUCGUGAAAUGAAUUGAUGGUUUGAUCACUUAUGUUGAAUUCUUCUUAUUUUUACCGGUUCUGGGCCGUAUACGGUAGGAGUACUAAAAAUCUUUGAUGUUUAGUGGAGAGUAGAAAUACACGGAUGACGCGAAGGGAUUGCGGAUGAUCGCUCCCCUUUUUCUAUUUGGGGAGCUACAUCAAGGGUGUCGUGUCCUCUCCCACUAGUGCGCCAUACAGCGAACCCGGACCACGGCCACCACCGGUUGAACAAGCGUGCGACGCUUCAAGCUGUGGCAUUUUAGACGUCUAGUGCGCGUGGAAAUGAUCCGAGUUGCCGGUGUGAGGAUCGAAUAUUAUGCCAGAUAACGAGAGACGCCCAAGCGGACUAGAAGCACGACACGCAUCGAUCACUAGGGCACCAGCGGGAGCGAAACAGCGCUGCACGGCGACUCACUGGUUUAUCAUUACGCACUAUCAUUAAGCGAGCCGAAUGAUGGCGCUCCACACGACGGGAGUAGACCAGCCGGCACCGCGUGUGCACUUCUACGACUUUGUAGAAUCGCUUUCCGAACCCGCACAGAGGAGUCUCGCAGAGUUUCUGGAAGUCUUAGAUGUGAGGUUGGACUACAAAGCGGAAAAAAUUCGCCAAAAGAUUCGCGCACUUGUCAAAAAGGGGGUCCUCACAACAUGCUGCCAAUUGUAUUUCUUCCAUAUAUAAUUCACAUAUGCUUAUGAAAAUAGGCUGUAGAUGAAGUUUACAUUUACUCCUGUAGUUAUUGUUAUUCCGAAAAGGCUCGAAGAGCAUGGCUACGGGGCUGACGCUGGGUGCCGCCCGCCAACUGGCUUGCUGGCUUUGCCAGCUACUUUCCUGUGCCUGCGAGGGAGCACGUCGCUUGCGAAGCGCCUGCUGUUGGGCCUCUGGCCGCAGGUGAACGGGUAUGGCAUCACCCCCGAGGUUGAGAAAUUUAAGGAAGAAACCAGAGCCGCGGCCGAGAUACCGCCGGGCGCGCUCCUGGGAGCACGUGGCUGGCAAGCUGGCGCGACGCUCCCCGCGGAUUUUGAGGCCUUCUGCGCGCGUGAUAAGCGCCACAGCAACAAGCCCAGCCACGACCUCGCAGCCGAUGCCGAUGGGACAGCGGGCUGACGCACCUCCCUGGGCACCUACUGGCUGCAGGCAGCGGCCUCACAUCCGUCCCCCAGACCCCAGGGGGCUCAGCUGGCCUCCUGGGCGUGCGCCGUCGCCGAAGAAGUAGAGCGCGCGCGAGACGCUCGGCCCCGAUCAGGUGGGUCACGUAGGUUAGAUAGAGAGCAGCAUCCUGGUGUGCUGUUUUUCUUUGCAUUUUUUGAUGCUCUGGCCCACCGCACCAUUCGGCUCUUUGUUGCAGUUUUUGCUGCUUUCCCCUAAUCAGUCUUGCAGUGCAGUUUGGGCGCUUUGGCUCUCAGAUGUGUAUGCGCGGCAUCUCUACGCAGCAACCGCCGCAACUUCGUUGCUCCCGUUUUUGUACUCCAGGGCGGGGACCGGACCGGCGGCAGUGCCUUGGUGUGGCGGUCUGGCUUUUCACCAAGCUGCAGAGUUUUGCCACAAAUGCCUUGCGUGCCUUGGGGUUGCUCUAGCCUUUGUCUGGGGUAGUCUUGUAGGCCUGGCCCUAACAACUUUCCUGCGCUAGAACUAGAUCGCGCGCGGAGUUCUGUGCCUGUAGUGCACAGCCCGCCUCACCCCGGGCCAACCUCGCCCCCGCUAUUAUUGUCAUCAUUAUUAUUAUUUUUCACUUCUGUAGCUAGCGGCUAUUUUGAUUAAUAUCUGCAGAUGGUUGCCACCUGUAUUGAAGAGGAUUUUGCUGUUAGACCUGAUUUCCUUGUUUCAUCUAGAAGUGGUAUAUUACACAUCAGGGGCAGUCAAGGUUUUGAGGAGGCGGAGCACAAAGGAGACGCAGCAAUUGACACACGUGUGAGAAACCGAAGUGACAAGGUUAGUGCAGCCUUUCGGUCGAUCGCGGAGCAUGCAGGUGAAACGAAAAUGUUUGCUAACAACACAUUGCAGGCAAUGACGUUUUGUCGCAUGGGCCUUGUCAAACUGAUUUUAUGGGUUGCUGUCAUGUUAACAUAAGAAAAUAGGCGUGGACCGAGAGAAGAUCCUAGGGGUGGGGCUCGUUGCCAUUGAUUUUUUAGGGAUCGAUAAGUCGCUGCCAGUGUAGUGGAAAUAAUAGCAUGUGGUCUUUAGUCCCGCCUUCCGAGCAGUAUGUCUUCAGUGUUUUCUAGAAAUAGCUAUAGCAUAUAUGCUACUUCCGUGCCUCUUUUAACUAAGACUUAAGGGGAGGCACGUACUUGAAAUCCUCUAAUGGUCCACGAUGGAACUCUGGCUGUGCCUGACCACGAUCUUCAGGUCACGGAGUGGGUACCGAUCGAGGCGAAAGAAGGUGAAAUAAAGAAGUCGAUUCAGCAACAAGCUUGGGAUCAUCAGAUCGAGCAAAUCAUAGACGCUGCGGCACAAGAAAGAGCCAUGGAGAUGAGAAUUAAGGCUUAAUCCGGGAAUCCAUCUUCACAGGCAUCUUGGUCCUGCCGUUUUUUUAAAGGGACGAAAAGGAGACCCAACAAGAUGCUGCUGAGGCUGGACCUCUCUUGGUUCUAAUAGACGAAAGAAUGGAUCUUCGUCGGGAGUGGGACUCUCACGCACGAAGGGGGAUCCUCGCGGUAAGGGAGGAGUGAAGAGCCAUGAGAACAAAAAACGUGUAGUCUUGCCAUACGGGAAGGUUCUUGAAACGGCGCUCACUGCAACGCAGAAAUUGUUCGACACCUACCGCACAGGCGGGAGCAAAAAGGAACAGGCGUACACAGAGGCUGGGCUCUAUGUUAUGAGUCGUGAAUGGGCAUUUACAUCUUGAUCUUGCUGAUCUCAGAAAAGUGUACUACGUGAGAGUGAUCGAAGUGCUAGUACGAUAUUUUUUUACAACGAGUUGGUUGCGUCAUUCAUAAUGAAGAACGCAGCUGCCAACGACGGGGAACCCGACUUGGCGGAUGCUUGCUACGUCUAUGCGUCGUACGAUGGCAGGAAAGGCAGGGAAGACAAAGCGCAAAGACAAAGGCAAAAUAAGGUUUUGAUUUGUUUUUUUUGCAUACUUAACGGUCUCGCAUGAAUAGCUAUACAUAGGUCCAUGGAAUAGCUUUGCCCCUGGUGAUGAGUACUUGGAAGAUUCUAUACAGGAGUAGGCUUGUAAUUCUUGACAACUCAGAAGGGUAAGGGUCUUCAACGAUUUUUUUUCCUUUUUGCGAUGCCAGUAUGCCCGAAAAAACAUGAACAUGUUUUCCAUGAUCAACAAUUAAUAUGGUUCUCAAUAUAUAAUUAUCUAUAUCAGAGUGGCUCGUCGAAUACCUUUUUCUUGCCUGGACCGCUUAUGAAAACGGGUCCCGAUGUGCAUGACUAUCGCGUGGACUUGAUGCGGUAUCACAGUGAGGGCGCUGCAGCAAUCCAGAGGGCCCGUCUGGAGGUUGACAAGAGUACUCUCUCUAGGUUUAGUUGGAUACUAGAUAUUUUAUUUUGUACUGAUAGAUUAGAUAUUAUGAUUUUGUUGGAUAGAUAUUAUGUUUUUUUUUUGUAUUUGAAGAUCUUAAGAACGAACAAGAAGAUACUAACUUACUUGCAUAGCGAUAGCUUAGAAAAAACCAUGAUGAUUACCUUCUGGUGUUGAUAUUUCUUAUAAACGCGAUGAUGAAGCGUGCUUCAUCCUAUUUCUUAGAAGUCCGAUUUAGCUUGCUUUCCUUGAAAUAAACGAUAAACGAAUCAUAAGGUUUCGGAAAUGCAAAAGGAGACGUGGAAACGCCUGAGGGCUUCGGUGAGUUCAAGAGAAUCACGAAGAUGAAUCCUCAGCAGUUGGCAAAAUUUUUCAAGGCGUUGGAAAGCACUAAAAGAGUGCAGGAUUGCGGCCACAUCUUCCGCUUGCGAAAAGAGUAUGUGAAGAGAGUCGUCGGGGGGAGAAGGGACACACCGCCGUUGCUUCCAGGCACCAAACUCGCACUUUAUGACUCCGACUCUCCGCACUUCGUGUUUCUUGCUAAGUUUUUUUUUCCCUUCGUUUUGUCCGGAAGUUCCUAGGGUUCUCCUUUAGGAUUGAUUAUUUUUAGACCUCCUUCAUCGUUUGUACUCCUUCUAGUCGACUUGUUGUUCCAUCGUCGAGUCGUAGAUUUUCACGGUUACACAUUGGCUGAAAAUCGAUAUGAAGGAAGAAUACGUUGCGACCCCUUCUAAGUUUACCUAGAUGACGUGGAGGGAAAUACGAAAUGGGGAGUCAAGGGACCGUGCUUGCAGGUGGACGGAUCGCACGACAGGACUAUCGAUUGGGACACAAUCGCGGUAUCUAUAAAUAAUAAUAAGUAGUACUACUACUUACCUUGAAAUUGAUGAGAGGUUGACUCUUCAAACUCCCUGCCAUUUUUACUAGGAGCCUUGGCCUCAGGCGACGGGGGCGAGCUUUCGCUUACUCGGGCUCUGCGCAUAGUUUUUUUCCAUGGGCGUUGCCUGGCCACGGGCAUCGGAUGCCGGGCGAGUCGUUGGGUUAGUCCUAGUCCUACGCAGGGUGGGGCGUUCCGCUUCGAGCUCUAUGAGUUUUGCUUUGGUGUCCGGGGGCCGCGCACUUCCACCUGUCGCGUCCCUGGCUACUGGGGGAGGGUUCAGCUACCGCACGACGCUUGGCCUGACACUGUCGUUUACGGCGUUCCAUGGUUGCGCCCUGUAGGUGGUGGCGUAUAAAGAUGGGCCACCGGGCGACGACGGCAGAUUAUUUUGUGAGCGCGUCAACGCUUCGACCUCUCAACUUUUAACUUGGGUUGAAUGCAUGAGCACCAUUUGCAGUUCGUUGAUAAAGACUUAUGAUAUUUUGUUUCGUGUUUAGGAGUGUCUUCAGUCGUAAAUCAAAAGAUGGAUGCGAAUGUAGUCGGGCGCUUACUGUACAUUGUAGACCACACAUUUAUGAAAUUUAGGGAAUCUUCGAUGACGUGCGUGCGGAGAGUUUGUACUCGACGACGAAAAACAGCAUAAAGCGGGUGGCGGACAUUUUGGAGGCGAUAUGUGGCGACUUGUCCGUGGUUAUCGAUCGCUGCAAGGAGGAACAAAAUAACGAAAAGAGAAUCGAGGAGAAUGUCCUCUUACUCCUAGCAAAGGAGAAUCCGGUUCUAUGGAGGCAUCACGCUCUGCAAAUCGCACCGAUUCUCUACGAACGCAGGAGGGACAAUCCUGGCGGACUCUUCGAAGGGGAGCAGGAGAAAGUGUUCGAAAAGCAUGGGCCUAAAAAGGUCCUGUCUCGGAACUCCUUUUUGCAGCAAUACAAAACCAUGGUGCGGUCCAAGGACGCUCUAGGCGUAGCUGUUAAGAGCACAAGAAUCAUUCACCGAGCAGGCGGUUUUUACUUUCCGAUAUACUGUAGUUGUAGUUUCAUCUUCAUCUCUGCCUCGUGCUCGUUAAAGACAUUUACAAAUAUUUUUUGUCUGUAGAACCCCUGCAGCGACACGGGUAGCUUGGGGACAUCAUCUCGCUUCUUCUAAUCAUCCGUAUUUUCAGAACUAUGCUGACUUCCGACAGCGUUUUCUGGAGUCGUUGCGUCGAUCAGACAUCGAGCAAAAGAAGAAGGCGAAGCUCGAUGCCGAGCGAGCCGCGGCACAGGAAUCAAAAGGUGAGAAUGCUAGUCGAAUCACAAGCGAGGCACUUGCGAAACAAAGAUUAUGGGAGACGAGUGGCAUUUCUCAUGGUUUUUACUCUAAAAUAUUUGGAGGACUACUUACAGUAUUCGUAUUGACGUUCUUCUUGAUGGCAUUUUGCUUUCUGUGUUUCCUUCAUACUCAAGAGGUGGGCAAAAAUAGAGACAUUAGUAAAGUAGCAACUGUAAAUGAUCGAAAUGUACUCCUCCACACUGACCGCAAGCACAUGAUGUAACAUCGGAUUGCUAACUCGAUCUCUAAGAAAUAAUAUGCUUAACAACUCGGUUGCAGGGGACGGCAAGCUCAUUCUCGAGAGGUUUCGCAAGAAGGUCUUGAAGGCGAGUAUUGAGGUGCAGGAGCAAUGCGACUCUUUGCUUGAUACGAUCGUGGAGUUUCACAUGCUCUACGCGCUGCAAGUCGAGAAGGGUGAAGCCUACACCAUGUAUUUGGAAGACCGCUUCAAAGAAGCUGCUGCAACGGUGUCGGUCGCGCAUGGGGUGGAGAUUCCGCGAGGACCCCGCCACGGCGUGUUCCGGCUGAAAGGAGACGACGCGCAGCAGGAGAUAACGGGCACCAGGGACUUUUUGGGCGCCAUCGACGUGGGCUCGUACCGCAUGAGGCGGCGCAAGGCUCGCGAGGAGGCCGCUGAGGCGUUGCGCGAAUACAAACUGUACCGCGAUCCCUUCGAUAUCGCGUGGUGCGCAUACCGUACGGAAAAAUACAAAUGCGAGCAGCAUAACGCUCAAGUAGACCUGGAGCAGCGUAAACAAGCGAAGGGAAGCGGGAAGAAAGGCCUUGUCCAACCUCCCGUCGCGAAGAAGAGGAAGCCGCCUCCCGAGCCAGCGGAGCCGAUGAUCUUCGAGGAGUUCUGCAAGCAGCGGCAGAAGCGUGCGGUGGAGAAGCCUGCUCGUGGCCUCGAGAAGAUGAAAGCGAUCGAAGCCGCGUACAGGGAGUGGGACCGACGCUGGCCGCGUGGCGAACAGGAACUGCGAGAAGAGGUGCGGCGAUGGCGCGGAAUCAAGGACACUCUUGGACAGUAUGAUGCGACGCGAAAAGAGCACAUCGGAGAUCAAGCGAAAACGCUCUAUUUCGAGACACCAGAUGAGGGACAGGUCAAAUUCGGGUACCAACAGCUAGGGUUGGAGCUCGCCACAAAAAGUAAUAAAGAUGGAUCAGCACCAGCAGGAAAAAGCAGGUUACUAGCAGGAGGUACAGCUGCACGCUCCUCCGCGUCGGCGUCGAGCCAGGUGAAGGCUGGAGGACUAGCGACUCUGUCCUCAGAAGCCCUAGCUGCGCUGGGGAAUGGAAGCUCCGCCAAAAAAAGCGGGGACGAGGCUAGCGACAGGAGCGCCGCACGAAUGUCCGACCGAGAGGCAGACUACAACGAUGUUGCUAACGUCGAUGACCUUGACGACAUGAUGGAUGAGGUCACAAGCUCGGCGAUGCCCAGUCAAUCUAGCGAGGGCGAAGCUUUAUUGCUCACAGAAUCCGGCAGAAUGAAGAAGAAGGGCAAGCAGCACGAGCAAGACUUUGACAGGUAUUUGAAGCGACACCCGAUUCUCAGGGACAUUGGGACUAAGUUUCUACUCGACCGACUCGACGAGGAGCAGCGCGCAGUGCGUAAGCUGGAGCUCAGCUUGAAAUCAGGGGAACGCGUGGUGGAUUUCGCGAGUUUCUACAAAUCCUUUGGCGAGGAAACUACAGACCAGCUGGCGGCAGCAGAGCGCGCAGCGGAGAAGAGCAGUGGAAAUGGUGGACACGACGCCACAGCUGCUAAUCCAGAUAAGAAGAAAUUUGGCGCUGAAGAUGCAGAUCCAGCAACCGCGACUGGCUUUCUAGCUGCAGUCUUGAGUGCUUCGGCUUCAUCUCCGUCUAAGGUGAAGAAAGCUGGGUACGACGCAGGGGCGCGCAUGGCGCUGCGCAUGAAACGGGUGCAGGAAUUUCAGAGAGCACAAGGGAGGGUAGCGAGUGAGGACCUAGCUGCGGCAGGAAGGCGAUCACCAGAGAACCUGCAAGAAUUGGUGGAGCACGCGCAAUCGGAAUUCGACCGCAACAGCACUCCAGCUCAGUCUUCUUCCGCAGCCUUCGUCAUCGCCCAUCAGAGCGGCGGCGCGGAGUUUGCGAGGGCGCCAGACGAGUCCUCUGCUGGUGGUGCAGCAGGAGAAACAACUUUGAGUAAAAAGAAUGUUGACAUUGGUAAAGGCAGUCGUGUUGAUCCUGUGUCGGAGACAGGAGACGGGACAGCGAAGACGAAAAAGGUUGCUUUCGCGGCAGACACGAACCUGGGCGGAUCCUCAGACGAAGAGCCGCCCGAUGCGAGCGGGGCAGUGCUAGAGACAGAGCCCUGCGAGCCACCGGUCGACCCUCUGAGCUCGCGGAGUGACGUGCGGGCGACCCAAAAGCGGGAGAGCGUGUAUUACAAGUUCACGAGCACUCACGCGCUGAAGAUUCCGUCGUUGCUUCCCGCAGAUAAGGACAAGGAGACGGAGGUGAUGCUGGAGCAGGACACGACGAAGAGGCGGGCCCGGCGCCUGAAAGAAGUGGACCCGUUCCUGCCGCACUUCGAGUUCAGGAGUGCUCUAAAGGCGAGGGGCCUGGCGCAAUACGCAGAAGGGAUGAUCGAGGUCUGGAGCGAGACCGAAGUCCGGAAGGAAGAAGUGAAAAUUCAAACUUGUAAAGUUUUGCCGACGCUGCCUCCGUUCCAGUCGUGGGUGACGUGCGAUGCGCGCGAUAGCGCACCCGCUGGCACUAUCCCAGAGGCUGUGCGGAGCCUGACCUUGAAGAUGGGCCGGCGCAUUCCGACCAUACUGGCGGAUCAGUACACGCUGGGCCAGCUCCUUAGUCUGCCCCUGCAGGACCCGGACGAACGAAGUAAGAACUUCGAGCUGGACGUGUGUCUCUUGCCAUGUGGCUCCAUUGCGCUCAAAGCCAUCGUCCCGGAGAACCAGAGAGCGGACAUGCCGCAGUGCGAGGUCCACAGUGAUCCGGGGAAAAAAGUUUUCCGCGAGGAAGGCACAGGACACAUCGAGCCCUCAUGGGAGCUCGCACGAAGGAAGUAUGUCCAAGAUGGAGAGAGUACUCAAUUUUUCUCUUUUAUUCAAUAAACUUUUUAAAGGUGAUUAUGAUCAUUAUGAAAAAAUUAUGUUGCCUAUGUCGGAGUGGUUGUAGCAGAGCUACUGCUACCCAUGCCCAUGUUUUUUAAAGAGAAAACUAAACGAAGCCUCGAGGCAUGAUUCAACCUUUGCUCUUUUAAUUCAAAACACAGAGAAACCGACUUACGGGCGUUGCGAGGAGCAUUAUCCGGUAUACGUGUAUGAGUUGCGGUUGGGCCAGCAUUAUGUCAUUUGCGCCAAGGCCAUCGAGGCCGCUGCCGCGUCCGGCUCAGACUCGAGCGGUUCCUUCGGACUGCACAACUACAACAUCAAGUGUUGCAAAAACCCGGACCUAGACUGGGAUGGCUGGAAGAAGGUUCAGUUGCAGCUCUGGGCCGAAACUAUGUGGUUCGGCAACAAAUUCACCCCUCUCGUCAUGUUCACCGGAAAGCACAUGUCUGCCAAAGAUCUUCUGCACCGGUCACAGACUUUCCCCUUCGAGUUAAGAAUCGGAUAGUAAAUACUUAAGUUAUACAUAGUUGUAUCAUGAGUGAAUAGUUACGACAGAUUGCGAAAGGCUCUGGAAUUUGAGGGAAGGGAAAUCUCUCCAUCGUACAUAUUACUCCACGAAGAGGAAGAAUAGUGCAAAACCGGUUGAUGAAAAACUACAACGUGCUCCGCUUCUAAUACACGAACUCAUAUCCAAGGAGGUGCGCACUAGGAAAUUGAAAGAGUGGUCGCGUAUCGAGUGUUUCAAGUGGGUCACUUCCUUGUUCGACUUCCUACAGCAAGCGGUGGCAGGUCGUGGAUACUGGAGGACACAGUACAAGGCCUUCUGCCAAGACAACACUUUCGUGUUAAAAGGACUUCAGUUUGACCAUGACAGGGUAGUUCUCAACCGCUCACUCGAACACCUCGAAGCAGUUGCAGCGCCAUCGGCAGCUACGAGUUUUUUGCACAGUACAUCGGAUUGUGCGGAUCGCGUGAGCCGGAGUUUGUUGUCGCUACCCGAGUUGCAUUUGCGGCAGGCUGCGAUCGAGUUCGCCCCCAAGGAUCCGAGCGGGCGCAAGAUUCUGAUCGAAGCGGCGCGUAAAGCCGGCCAAUACGCCCCAAUAGCUGUGCCCGUAGGGUGGCGACUGUGCUUCUCGAAUAGCGCAAAAGCCACGUACUUUUUCGCGCAGGAUAAGCGGCAGAAGUCUGACGGCACCAUGGUGCCCAUCCGAAACAGCACGUGGACACCCUUGUACGAGCUUCCACUAGGGUGGCGGUGUAAGAUACCACGGGCCAUCACGUCCGGCAGCCAGAAGACGGUGCGGCAUCGAGUCCCAACGAAGAAGGGUGACCCAGAACAAUACGGAUGCUUCGACUGUUACUUCGAGAACCCCUUUCUCCUACACGCACCAAACGCGAAGGGAGGACCGGGUGUGGCAUCACAGUAUCUGCUGCCUCUAGGAAAGACAGCGGUGGACGCAGCGUCAGCGUGGCUGGCAAACACCAACCACUUUAAAUUUCUAGAGAUGUGGAUCAAUGCAAAAGACGACGAAGAGCUGAAAGGAAGGAGAAAUUUAUGGCUACAGAAUCUCUUAGUCGAACUCAGUUAUAUAAUUGUACUUUUGCAUUCUACUCAGACGUAGAUGAAAGUAUUUUUGUUUACAGUAUAGAUAUAGUGAAUGUAGAGUCUUGCUUCUAAGAAAGAACGAUGAUGCAGAGGACGCCGAUGAAAAUAAUGGCCACAAGAGCGAGCCAAAGAUUAGGAGACCAAAGUCGCUCAGUGAGGCUCUACAGAUGUUCGGAGUCAAGCCUAGAGGAUCGGAGAAGGUAGCAGAGAAUGAAGACGAGGAUGACGACGACGUCUCCCCGUACUUGGCCAAGCGAAGAAGACGCGACGGCGCGAGCUCACCAAAGAAAAGAGUAAGGAUAGAAGACGAUGACAAGAUCGACUUGACGAAGUUGCAGUUAAGAAAAUGAAUUUCAUUCGUAUGUGUUCCGAAAUCCACAACCUAAAGAUUCUACAGCUAUAGCUGUUUACCAUAGUUUUAGCAUUCCUUAAACGUCUACGUCAAUGUCACUGCAAGGUCGCUAAUAGACGAAGAUAUCGAUGCAGGACGUUACGAGGGUGGCGAUGGUGCGGUGCUUGGCUUUGACGGCGAAGUGGGCUCAGACAACGAAAAUGAAGCAGGUGAAGAUAACGUCGACACUGGAGGAGUAAAUGAUGACCCUGAUGCUAUGGAUGUCGAUGAGGAUGCUGGUGUCGAGGAUGGAAAUAUUGGUGCCACGAGAAAAAUGAAAAGUGAAGCAAAGGCGAAGAGUAGCAAUAAGAAACGCGACCUGGUGCAGGAAGGCGAUGGUGAUGAAAGGAGCCCUCAGACAGCGAAGCGCGCGAAGCAAGCGCCAACGACGGAGCACGAGAAAAUAAAACAGGCCGGCGAAAACUGCAUCGCUCAUUUGAACGGCAUCGAAGACCUGCUCGGCGCAACUUCACGGCACGAUUUAUUGACCCCCGUUGUUUCUCCACGUGACAAGCAGGUGGCUGCAAACGCGAACGUUAAGAAGAUAGUCGUGCAUGCGACCACGACUAGCUCAUCAUCAGCACCUCCACAGAAACGGAAUGGUGAAAAUAACUACAAUGAGACUGCUGACGCUAGUAGAGGUAAAGGCGGCGCCGGACCACCAGCUGCGAGUGGAAUAAAGCUGGUAGCAGCUGCUUCUGCCGAGUCCUCACCGACGACUAGUUCCGAGGACAGCGAGGUGCACCUAACAGGGGGCAAGGAAACGGACCCGGGUAGUGUGAAUUACUCUUUGGUGCAUCACGGUGACUCAGUGGAAUACAUUGAGGAGCUAACUCACGAUCGUUCUGGGGACCGCUACGCCAAAGGCGUAGUAUGGGAAGGACCACAAACCGGCAGAAUUUUCGCGGUCAAUACGGACAAAGGUGGCAACAUCAAAAAAAAAGGCUGGAAGGGUAGGGUCAAUAAGGGUGGCCAGCCAACUGGAGAACAAGGGAAGUCAUGACACUGAAACAUCUGCGAGAACAACGCUAUUAAAUAUCUGUUUUUUUGCGCAGAAUGCGCUAUCUCGAUCUCGCAAGAAAGCCACCCAGUGAGAGAACCACCCAGAGUUUAGAUUUUUUUAGAUGUCUUUCGAACACAAACAAUUCCUUAUCGUAGAACUUCAGUUCAUGAAAUGGAAAUCGCUUUUCGCUAUCAGUUUUAGCUAUGAAUCUAUCUAUAAUCAUCGCUUAGGCGAUCGGCUUUGUUAAAGUCCAUCUAUGAUCAUGGCUCGUGUCAAGUAGACUAAAAAAUCCGUAGAGACAAUGAGCUAUCUUUCGUUCUUAAAGGCAUCGGGGCAGUUUGCUACCCGCUAACACUAUAUAUUGUAGAGAAGCACAGACUUCUUGAAAGGAAAUUUGUUGCAUUUUUUGGUUUAUGAUUGGUACGCGUUAGGGCGUCCGGCAAGAUUAGAGAGCAACAAACUACGUUGUCUUGUACUAGUGGUAGUCCGAUGUCCUCGAUUGUAUGUUGUAUUGGUUGUGUGUGAUGUGUUGGCUCCUCUCGAUGUAGAUCAUGGCCAUACAACUUGUUACUGUGAUGUCUGUGGAUCUGAUUCUGAUGAUGUUGACAAAUCAACACCUGCUGAAACGGAAG